AUUUUGUGCAACGGUCCCAUGAUUCGUCGAAUCUCGAUAUCAACGAGUAUUGUCGUAAUCAUUGCAUGUGGGGUGCUCUCCCCAUACCGGUUUUUAAUGCUUUUGCGGCACCUCAUGAUUUACC